AUGAGGCUCGAAGCCAGGACCGUCGCACCCCCGUCGCUGGACCCCGUCAAGAUGGAGGACCGCAAGAGGCCCAGCGCCCACGACGACGCUGCCCCGCCCGCCAAGAGGCAAGCCGUGACCGUCAACGGUGCUCGCUCGCAUCCAGACGCUGACAUGCCGUGGAAAGAUGACAUCGAGGCCUACCAGAAAGACGCCAUCCUCCGCCAGAUGCGCGAGUACAAGCGGGAGAAGGCGACCCUUGAGGCCCAGCUCAACGACGUCGAGUCCCGUGCCAAGUACCACGACGACGAGCUGCGCACAAUCGACACGUGGUUCGAUCAGCUGCUUGAUGAGAUCAAAGUCCUGAGUGGAGACCGGCUGUCAGGUGAUGCUUCAUCGCGAACCGUGCCUCCCGCCCUCCUGUUCGAGGACAGCGACAGCUUCAGACAACACCUGUCCAAACGGAAAGACACCAUCCUGUCGUCGCUGUCUGCCCUGUUUGCCAAGUAUCCGCCUCAAAGCCCGGAUGUUGCACAUCUCCAGCAGCAAUUGUCAGAACUGCUCGCAGCACAGAAAGAACACGUUGUGCAAUGUCAAAGAAUCACGACGGAGAAAGAACAGCUUUCGGAUCGGCUAGACACCGCUACCCACCGCUAUCUCGUGGCCGAGAAGAAGAUUGACAGGCUCAAGAGCCAGCAGGUCCAGAAAUUGGAGCAGUCGGCAGUAGCCACCACAGUCAAGGAGGAAGCACCGUCUGCCGGCGUGAAGAAGGAAGCCACCAAUGGUACCACGCCAGAACCUGCUGCGAGCCAGGAGCUGGAGACUGCGCGGAGCAAGGCGGUAGCCGAAGCGGCGAAACGGAAAGCACAGCUCGAAGACGUGGAGAAGGAGAACAAGAGGAUGACCGAGGAGUUAUCGGCGUUAAAGGUUAAGCUGACUGGACUGUCGGACGAUGAUUAUGCCAAAACCGACCUGUUCAAAGCAAUCAAGUCUCAGCACGAGGACGUGAUAAAGAGGAUCAAUCACCUGGAGGCGACUAACAUUCAGCUGCGGGAAGAAGCGCAAAAGUAUCAGGCCGAACGGACUGCUUACCGGAUAAAGAUCGACGACGAGUCGCGUUCUUCGUUGGCUGAGUCAGAAAGUGCGGUAUCGCAGGCCGAAGCCAAUCUCGCCCGUAUCCGUAAUGCACGCGACGAACUCGUCGCUAAAAACCACAUACUCGAGACGAGUCACAAGGACAGCGAAGCCUCGAACGCCCAGUCAAAGGAGCUCGUGAGCGCUUGUGAAAGCCGCAUUGCGGCUCUGGAGUCGGAGUGCGAACGACUGCGAUUGCAGAUUGCCGAGCACCAGCCAGGAGAGCCCAUGGAGACGGACGAUUCGACACCUGAGCAGCUGCGCAGCAACAUCUCCAAUCUGGAAAACCAACUCAAGCUUCUCAGUGGCGAGCUGCCGUCCAUGGAAGCUGCGUGGAAGAAGGCGCAAGCCAUCGCAGGAAAGAAGAUUGCAGAGCUCGCUGCGUGGGAGGAGAACGUGGCCAGAGCCAACGCCGACAAAGCCAAGGCGGACCAGAAGUUCUUUGCAGCCAUGAAGGCCAAGGGAGAGAUGGAGCAGCAGAUCCGCAUCCUCCGAUUACAAGCGGCAAAGUCGACCGAAGUCGUGUCGCAGCUGAAAGAGGCGGACUCGCUCAGCCGAUCGCUGGUCGACAAGCUCGAAAAGCAGACGGCUGAGAUGCGGUCGCAAAUGGACGAUCUCUCUGUGCAGCACCGCCAGCUACAGCAAAAGAUCAGCGAGAACAGCAUCGCAGCCGAAAGGCACGCCAGCCAGAUUGCCGAACUGAAGAAGCUGGUCGAGACCAAAGACGCCGCCUAUCUCAUCGCGAGACACACGCAGCGCGAAGCGUGCACCGAGCGGGACGGACUCAGCGCCCAAGUCGACGGCUUGAAGGAGCAGAUCCAGGUGUGGAAGAAGAAGAGCAAGGGCGAGCAGAGCUCGGACGCGGCGCUGAUGGAGUCGAUGUUGCAAUGUCAGAUAUGCAAGAGUAGGGUCAAGAAUACGUGCAUCAAGACGUGUGGCCACCUCUUCUGCCACGACUGCGUGCAGGACCGGCUCACGAACCGAGCGCGCAAAUGCCCCAACUGCGGCAAGGCCUUUGGCAGCAACGACACGAUGCGCGUGCACCUCUAG